AGUUCCAACACCUGAAGCGUCUUUUGUCCUUGUUUGCACAGGGCCAAGAAGGGAAGUGGCCUCCGCCUGCAUUGAGAUCCCAACAGAGCAACUCAACUACAACAGAAACAACAUCUGAUACAAGCCUACGAUACAGAAAUCCUGAACAUUUUAACCCUAGCUUUAAGAAUAUGGAAGAACGUUAUAAUGACAACGAACUGAGGAUCGUCCUCGUUGGCAAAACUGGAGCUGGGAAGAGCGCCACAGCAAACGCCAUCUUGGGAAAGAAGCACUUUAAGUCGACCAUAUCAUCCAUGUCAACAACAAAGACGUGUGAAAGGGAAUGGGGAGAAAUUGGUGGUAGGAAAAUUGUGGUUGUUGAUACACCUGGGCUUUUUGACACCAGCACACCCCAAGAAGAGACAGCCAAAGAAGUUACAAAAUGUGUGAAGUGGGGCUACCCAGGUCCCCAUGCAAUUGUACAAGUCAUACAAUUGGCUCAUUUCACUGAGGAGGAAAAAAAGGUUGCCCAGUUGAUCCAAGGGAUUUUUACCCUGAAAGCAAAGGAUUACAUGAUCAUUUUGUUCACCCGCAAAGAUGACCUGGAGGGUAAGCUUUUGAACGAGUUCUUGCAGGACGGAGAUGCAGAUCUGAAGGCGCAGAUUGCCCAAUGCGGGGGCCGGUGCCUGGCUUUCAACAACAAGGCUGAAGGGGAAGAGAGGGAAGCGCAGGUGGCUGAACUCCUUCGGAUGAUCGAUGACUUGAUGGAAAAGAACAGCCAAGCCCCUCACUAUACUGAAGAGAUGCUCAAGGAGGACGAAAAACAAGCAACUGGGCAUUUCGGUUGGUGCACGUUACUCUAG